GAAAGGGUGGCUCCUACUUGGCCUCCAACACCACCAAUGGGUUUUUAAUCUAUUUGAGGCUGGAGCAAACAGGCUACAUUUCCAGGACUGGGAAGUUACCAUAGUUCAUGUGUUACCAUGGUUUCAGUCACCAUUUUCGUUUUUGAGACAUGAAGCAAGCUAAUGGAGCCCAUCUGUGUCGCAUAUGACAGAAAGACAAAACACACAUCUUAGAUCAUUUAAGAUAACUUUUGGGCACGCGUUGUAACAUUGUAUCUGGCUAAAUCUUUCGGGAAAUACAAGUCAAUUGGCUAUACCUAUGACGCUACGAGGACAGAGAGUGUAGUAGAGAAAACGAGCUCCUAUUGUUACAGGUAGAGAGAUAUAUGAAUUGAUAUACUGUGCUGUAAAAUGAUAACGGAGAGAAAGAGGGAUAUCUGAUCAUGUCCGUGUCAAGUGCAUGUCCAAAUAAAUAUUAACGACGUCUGGAAUCCAACAGUUUCACUGCAAUUAUCAAACGGCAAGAGCCCGACAAAACGCCAAACCUCAACAUGUCAAACCGGUACAUGUCAACAGCUCGUAGGCACGGUUUAGCGGAGACGCAUCUCUCGACGCCAGGAGCUGCAUCUGGCCAAAUACACCAGGACUUCUAUAUCUCUCAUCUGAUUCGUCAACUUGAGGACUUGGACAUGUCAAGUGGCGUCAGAGCACAGAAGAUAUUUCCAUCAACACUCAAUUCAAGUAUCUACCUGACCACCUGCCAUAGCCCAUCAGAGUCUACAUCAGUCCAGAGCCAAUCACAGAGAGCCCAGUUCAGGAUGAUCCACAGACGUCCAACAAUCAACAUCCAUCAUCUCAACAGCAGGCUACGGCACCCGAGUUUCACCAAACAUAACCAAGGGGAGGGCCGGGACACAAGCUGCAGUGAGUCUCUGUUGAAAAUCACACCUGUCCAGGCGGCUUACACUAUCAAUUCGAGGGAUAGGAGAAGGGCCAAUGGGGAGAGGAGGGUAAAGACAUUCUACUGUUGGGGCCCAAUGAAUGACAGAGCAGGGCUUGGGUCAGGAACCAUCACCGAUGGGUCAAAGCGAAACGGUAGCAGCACACCGGCAGACAUCCACUCUGACGCCAGCGAUCUAUCCGACCAAGAGAAAGGGGGCGCCCAGGCCCACGAGUGGGUUACGCCCAAAGUAGAGCUCCGGUUGAGGCCUGAACCUUUCGACUUAGACCUGGACUCCGACUUGCACUUCUCGGAGUCGUCGGAGGCCCAGUCGCCAUUUGCGGAGGUGCUCCCAGCAUCUCUGAAAGUGCUGGAUCUGACCCGGAGUCUGCCCAGCACGGCCGAUUGGGAAAGUCGCCAGAGCCUGCACAUGCGAGAGCCUUCAUUGGUUGCCAUCGUAAGCAGACUAUCUGAGAUGGAGGAUCUGCAGGCGGCCACAGUACAGCGAGAGCUGACCAAAACGGGCCGGUGUCGGCCGGCGACGGCCAUCAGCUUGACCAGGAGCACUUCUCGCUUGAGGAAAGCAGAUUCAGUUGUGUCCAGUGUUACGGAACUGAGCCUGUCUCAAGACUCACGCACUAGGCCGACUUGUGCUCCUUACAAACAGAAUCGCAUCAGGGUGGGUGCAAGGCCACAUACAGUCUUUAAGAGACCCUGUUCCAGCUCAGCCAAACUAAACAGGACAGAGACCCUUGUCCAGGUCCAGUCUUGGGGUGAGGGAUCAACACCAAAACCUACAGGUUGCACCAAAAUCAGAAAAGCCAAAGCUAACAAGAAAGGUACAUUGACCUCCCACAGAGUGUCACCACCAAGCUCUGCAAAGAGAACUAAAGCCAGGGACUUGAGAAAAGCUUAACAAAUUGGGGAUUACACAGACUGCAUUUAGAAAGCCUUUUCCUUUGACAGGGUGUUCCUGAUCGCUGCACGAUGUUCUCAAAGUAGAACAUGACAGCUAAGUGAACUAGUGUACCAGUCAAUGAAUGUACAACAUAUCUCGUUAGACCUUACCUGAACCCUUUGGUGUCAUGACGAUAUAACAUGUCAAAGUUCAGGCAAUGUUAUCUACGUAGGUACUGGAAGCUAGUUGACUCGUGGGAGUUAGCAUGCCUAAAUAACACUAUGUUCAGAGUUCAAAUUAUACAAACUCUUUGGGGUGUCAAAAUCUUGACUAUUUUCAGGGUGUCCUCACUGACUGUUUAAGUUCAUAUUCUAGCACCCCUUAAAUUCAAACCAUGGUUGAGUCAUGUUUGUUUUAAGUCAGUUGUCAUUAAGCAGACAGGCUAAGUCAUGAUUGUUUUUGUGACAUCUUGUCAUUAUGGCAACACGAUUAAUGUAGGCUAUGGCAGCGUCCAAGUAAACGGUUACCAAAGAAACUCAAAAUCUUCAGAUAGUCUGUGCCUAUGUUUAUUAUAUUAAUACGCCAAAUGAAAAAUGAACACACGUUGUUAUGUUCUCAAGGACAAAGCAUGCACACUGAUGUUAUCAUAUCAUAAGGAAACAGUAGUGUACAAGAUUACAUUGAAUAAAGUGAAGGAUGUAGACAAA